AAAUGUUAUUGGUCGACAGGCAGUAACGUGCGGCGGGGCUAUUUUUGAAUUAUUCUCUCUGUGAUUGGCUAUUGAGUCACCGGCGCCGUUUUCCGCUGUUAUGUGACUUUUGGGGUACAUCGAUGAAAACGUAACAUUUGAAAAAAUAAGUAGUUGAAGAAGUUCAUAGUUACUCUCAUAUUUCGUUUUUAGUGGGUUUCACUGAAAUUUAGUUUAGAGAAGAAUUAUACCUUCGUGGGAACCACCACCCAGAGCGAUCCAGAAGAUUGCCCUGGAUAAACCCCUCACACACAUGCACACAUUUACACACAUCAAACCUAAUAGGAAACCAGCAUCUGUGACUGUACAUAUUGCAUGGAUUGGCUUCUGCUACAGAACUCUCAGAAGACUCAGACAUUGGAAACCAGAAGCUUUUUUGUUGGUGAACAGUUUUCAGCAGUUUGUGGACAUUUUUUUUUCUCCUUUGCUGGAAUUUUUGAUUGAUCUAUUUGGGAUCCCUUUGUUUAUUAUGCACUUCGUUGGCUAAAAGUGGCUCAAUGGCUAGAAUGGAGGGUGAGAAGAAUUCCCUUCCUCUUGUUUGCUACAGGAUGGAGGCCUCCUGUCUGGAGCUGGCUCUGGAGGGAGAGCGUCUGUGUAAAGAGGGUGAUUACAGUGCAGGGGUACCAUUCUUUGAAGCAGCAAUGCAGGUGGGGACAGAGGAUCUGUUGAUGCUGAGUGCCAUCUAUAGUCAGCUAGGCAAUGCCUACUUCCACCUGUGUGACUACACCAUGGCUCUGGAAUUCCACAACCAUGACCUAACUUUAACCAGGACAACAGGGGACCUGCUUGGUGAAGCCAAAGCCAGCGGCAACCUGGGGAACACAUUAAAGGUGUUGGGGCGUUUUGAUGAAGCAGUAAUUUUCUGCCAGAGGCAUCUGGACAUCUGCAUAGAUGUUGGGGAUAAGGUGGGACAAGCCAGAGCUCUAUAUAACUUUGGGAAUGUGUACCAUGCUAAAGGAAAGAGUGUCAGUUGCAAUGACUCAGAACCUGGAAAGUUCCCAAAGGAGGUCACCGCAGCACUUAAAAAAGCAGCAGAGUAUUACGAGGAGAAUUUGUGCAUUCUUAAGGAGCUGGGAGAUCGAGCGGCUCAAGGGCGUACCUAUGGAAACCUGGGAAACACUCAGUAUCUGCUCAGCAAUUUCUGCAAUGCUGUGGCUUCCCACCAACAGCGACUCCUCAUUGCAAAAGAAUUUGGUGAUCUGGCGGCUGAACGAAGGGCCUAUUGUAACCUAGGAAAUGCCUACAUUUUUCUGGGAGAGUUUGAGAAGGCUGCUGAGCAUUACAAGAGAGCUCUUCAGUUGGCAAGGCAGCUGAGGAAUCGGGCAGUGGAGGCUCAGGCAUGCUACAGCCUAGGCAACACCUACACUCUUCUGCAGGACUACAAGAGAGCUAUAGACUAUCACCUUAAACACCUCAUCAUUGCCCAGGACCUCAGUGACAGGGUUGGUGAAGGUCGUGCCUGCUGGAUUUUAGGUAAUGUCCACACAGUCCUCGGGAAUCAUGACCAGGCCAUGCACUUUGCAGAGAGACAUCUGGAAAUCUCUAACGAGACAGGUGACCGCUGUGGUGAGCUAACUGCUCGUAUGAAUGUGUCUGACCUCCAGACUGUCCUCGGCCUCAGUUACAGUACAAAUAAUCCUGUCUUGUCAGAGAACAAAGAGAUUGAUUAUAACCUGCAUGGAGCAAGACCCAGGAUGAGCAGACCCUACAGCAUGGAGAAUUUGGAGUUGAUGACGCUUACACCAGAAAAGCUCAAAUGUCAGAAGUGGGGCAAUGAGGUUCUAUGUACGCAGUCAAAGACCAAAUUCUCCUCCAAAUUCUUCUUCAUGAAUCGUCUGCGAAGGAAGAAGAACAGCUCCAUUAAAGUUUUUCAGGACACCAGCAACACUCUGAAGACCUCUCAGAAGCAGCCUGUUCAGAAAUGUGUGAGUGCGGAUAUGUUGGGUAACGGAAGCUUUCUUGACCAGCUGAGUCGUUUCCAAGGCAACAGAAUGGAUGACCAGCGCUGUUCUUUUCAAAAGCGGUUGGUCUGCCAGUCCAAUGCUGCCUCUAACCCCUCCUCCUUGUGUUCAUCCUUGCCCAAAAAUCUGAAAAAAUCUUUUUCAGAAUCUGCAUUAUCACCAGGCCAGGACACACUUCUAGGAGUCUUGGAUUCUGCUCAGAGCUGGAGGGUAGAGGAUCAGAGGGCCGUAGGAAGUGUGCCUGUCUUGUGGAAAUUCCUGACAAACCAGAACAGCAGCAGGCAGAUUGUCCUCAAUCAGCUCAUGGCCAACACUGACACCUCUGAACCUGAUGAUCACUUCUUUGACAUGCUGGUGAAGAGCCAGGGUUCUCGUUUAGAUGAACAGAGGUGUGCCCCUCCUCCUGCUCUGAUCCAUGGACCUACUAUCCCUGAUGAGGACUUCUUCAGUCUCAUUGUCCGCUCUCAAUCCAAAAGGAUGAAUGAACAAAGAGUCACAUUGCCAUCCAUGGACUGAACACUAUACACAUACACACACACACUGACCUCCAUUCCAUUGAGCAUGCAGAGGGGUGUGUGUACACAUGCAGCUAUAUAGGGUUUUGUUUUUUUAUUUGAUGCUUCCCAAUUUUUCUCCCCAAUUUGUCACCUGCCAAUUCCCACCUCCAAGCCAGCUCUCACCUAUCACACAACAACUACCAACCAGGUACAGUGAAGGCUAACACCUGCUUCGUCCGACACAUAAAGAUUGGUUAAUGUUGCUCUGAUGGACUAGAGUAUCCCAUCUAUCCCUCCCACCCAGAGAGCAUGGUCAGUUCUGCUCAUUGGGCUCCCAGCCAUGGAUGGUUAUAGUAUCAUAUGUAUUUGGGCUCACAAUCUGACGAUGAUGGGUGAAUACUUUUUUGUUGCACCAUCAUGAGCCCAGCCGUAGAUUUAAUAGUCAAAUUAUCCUUUGGUUUUCAGUUUCAUGCAUAUGGUCUAGGACAAAUUCUAGACAAAAUAGUAUGGAUGUGUUAAAUCACUGUUACAAACUUACACAAACCCUAACCCUGAUGCACACUACACUGCCCACAGUGAUAUUAGUGUUGAUCCUCCACGGACCACUCUGGAAUUCUGGAGAUACAUUUUGUUUACCACUAAAACUUCCACAACAUAUGGGAUUGUUGCAACUACACAGGCACAUUUUGGUAUUUGAUGUCAGACUCAACUCAUGGCAUUGUUAUUCUAAAUUGUAAAAAGAAAUGCUUAUAUUUCAAGACAGUGUUUUUAGUGUAUUUUUUAUUAGUAUAUGUAUGUUUUUAUUGAAUAUAAAAACACUGUGUAUACACAGGUGUAUCUUUUUACAGUUUUGUUUGUAUGGGUUUUUUAAGCAGUAGUUUUAAAUUAUUUGUACUGAAAGAGGAAUUAUUUCUCCAGGAAAGGUGCAGAGAUUCUAAUCAGCACAUUCAAUCAGCUUGCAAUUACUGCAUUGAUUAGUUGUCUCAUAAAUGGUUGGAACUGGGUGUUCGUGCAUGUUAAUGUGUACUUCUGGCAUUUCAGUUACUUAAAAAUAAAAAAGUAGCAUUAUGCUCACACUCUGGAUAUUACUUAAUUCAUUAGCAGCAAACAAGUUUUUAAUCACAUUAUUAAAUCUUUUUACAAAGGCCAUUUUUACCAUUAACUCUUUUUACCAAAGGCCCUAAAAAAGGGGUCCCAAAAUUUCUGCCAGUUUUAGGGUGCCCACUGUUCAGCAUUGAAUUUGUGCUGUCUUACUCCACAGUAGUGGUUAAUGGCUCAUAUGAUAGGAGACACUCGGGGCUAUAAGAUUUACCCUUGUUUUUACCUAGCCUACUAGGUUUAAAUGUCAUAAUUUUGUUGUGGCAGUUGUCCACAGUGUUUUACUGUGAAAAAAGCUUUAGUUGUGCUGUCUGUUUUAUCUGUGAACCAAUGUUAUUGUGGAGAAGUGUGAAUUGUUUUCCCAGCAGGGGGCUCACAACCCUCCCCUUUCCCAUCACCCUGCUCACUAGCAGCUAAACACAGAGGCAUGAUGCACUACACACAGAAACCAAACAGUGUCCUGACUAAUCUUAUAAAGUGGGGAAAAUAUGUAUUGAACGUGUCUUUUUUUUUUUCAGUAAAUAUAUUUAUAUACACAAGAAAAAAGUAUUGAACACAGUAACUGAAAUUUAUUUAAUACUUAGUGGAGAAGUCUUUGUUUGUAAUGACAGCUUCAAGACACUUCCUGUAUGAAGGAGGGGCGACGUGGCUCAGGUGGUAGAGUGGGUUGUCCACUAAUCGUAGGGCUGGCUGUUCGAUUCCCGGCCCAAAUGACUCCAUAUACCGAAGUGUCCUUGGGCAAGACACUGAACCCCAAGUUGCUCCGGAUGGCAAGUUAGCACCUUGCAUGACAGCUCUGCUACCAUUGGUGUGUGAGUGUGUUUGAAUGGGAGAAUGAGACAUUGUGUAAAGCCCUUUGGAUAAAAGUACUAUAUAAGUGCAGACCAUUUGCCAUGAAGAAAUUAAUUGGCCGCAGAAUUCAGGUGUGGUUUUGGCCCAUUCUUCUAAGCAUAUUGUCUUUAAAUCUUGUUGAAUUGGAUUCAAGCUAGGUGAUUAACUAGGCCAUUAUAACACCUUCAUUUUUUUUCUCUGAAAAAAUCUGCUGUCAUUUCUUGGUGGAUGGCAGCAGAUUCUUCUCAAGAAUCUCCCGGGAAAGGGCUCCAUUCAUUGUUCCUUCAAUUAUAUGAUGUCUGCCAGUACCAUGCGAUGAAAAACAGCCCCACACCAUGAUGCUUCCACCUCCAAACUACACUCUUGGUAUAGUGUUUUAAGGGUGAUGUGCAGUGCCAUUUCUUCUCCAAAUAUGGUGUGUUGUAUGACAGCCAAAAAUACACUCUCCCAAUAUUUCAUAGGAUUGUCCAAAUGAGUUGUAGCAAACUUUAAAUGAGCUUUGAAAUGCCUUUUCUUUAGUAAUGGAUUCUUGCAGGGUGAAAGUGCAUAGAGGCCAUGGUGGAGUGCAUUGCCUAUUAUUUUCUCUGUGACAAUGGUACCUGCUGCCUCCAAGUGUUCCUGGAGCUCUUCCCGAGUGGUCCUUGGCUCUUGGGCUACUUUUCUGACUAUUUUCCUGACUCCCUGGUCAGAAAUCUUAUGAGGAGCAGAAAUCUUGCAUGGCUGGCAGAGUGAUGUUGCUUCCACCUGCGGAUAAUGGCCCCAAUGGUGCUUACUGGAAGAUUCAUAAGCUUUGAAAUACGUCUGUAUCCGAUGCCAUCAAUAUGUUUUGCAACAAUAAGGUUACGAAGGUCUUGGGAGAGCUCUUUGCUUUUACCCAUCAUGAGAUGUUUCUUGUGUGACACCUUAGUAAGGAAAAGCCUUUUUAUAGACCAUCAAUGUACUAAACCAGCUGAUAUUAAUUUGCACAGAUAGGAGGUAUAAUUACUUACCGAUUUCAGUUGGUUCAUUGCCUUACCUUGCCUUGGAGAAAUGCUUUUUCUUAGCAUGUUCAAUAUUUUUUUCAUGUGUCAUUCCACUUUAUUACACAUAACUUUAUUUAUGGACUUUAAUGUUGUGAAUUCUUUAUAUGUGUGGAUUUCUUGAGUUAAUACUGAUGUCUGGUGAAAAUUUCAUGUGAAUAGUAUCACUGCAAAUAUGUUUACACGUUCAAUACUAAUUUUCAAUAAAAUUUGGCCCAUGGAUUGUG